UCUUUAUUUGUUAUUAUAGAGAAUGGUUAAAAGUGUAGUACGAGGAAGCAGGAACAAAGUGUUGGUUGAUGGUGCUGUGAAAUAUUGUAAUAAGUUGUUAGUAACUUUCAGAUGUGAGGAAAGGCGCAAGGUAUGAAAGUUAUUAUCAAAAGUGAAAUAUUAUUUUUGCUAUACGUAGCUUCUCACUCCAACAGGGAAGUAUUCUAAUAAGGAUACCAGCUCAUUUGCUGAACUCCUAAUGGCAUACAUGAAGGCAAAUAAGGAGUCCUGUGGUAACUACAAAAAACAUGUAGCCCUUUUGAAAAAGUACAUAAGAGACACUCCUAAUGUUUCCCAGAAAAAGAACUUUUACCCCUCCUUCAAAUUAUGGGUUGCUGAUAAUUAUGGCGGAACAGUGACAGAUGAGAGCUGGGUGUCAAUACUAGAAGAGGAUGCAGCUACAUCCCCAUCUCUGCCGGCAACAAGUGAAUGGGAAGAGGCUUCUGACAAUUAUCAAGAAUUUCAAGAGAAUGAUCCAUCUUAUGAAAAUGACUACUUGUGACAUUAUCAAUAACUUAGUAUCAUCUAUUAUUAUGACUUGAGUUGAGUUGUUAGUAUUACUUAAGUUGAGUUUUUUCAUCUUAUCAGUUUGAGGCCAGUUUCUCUUGGUCUUAACAAUCAUCAA